GUCAUAUUAAGUCUCGUCUCAUUGUGAGAUGCAUAAUCAACAUCGUUCUGGAUAAUUAUGUAAAUUCUAGAAUGGAGUGAAGUGCCAGUCGCUGAACAUGCAUGCUUCAAAUUUGAUCUACCGUGGUGGACUUCGCCCACUAAAAGCUGCUCAAAGCUCGAACCGCAUCCGAGCCUUCUCACAGCCUUUUUUUGCUCAGUCCGCCCGGCUUAGAUCAACCCUGUCGAAGAUAUGGGUUCCCACCGGUGGUGUCACUGCCACUGAAGGCGAAACUGGUCAUGGCAAGCUUAUCCGAGCCGGAUUUCUUCGCCAGGCACAAUCUGGAGUUUUUCAGCUUCUUCCUUUGGGCCUACGAGUUCAAGAUAAGAUCGAGCGUCUCGUUGACAAGCAUAUGCAAAGCAUAGGGGCAUCCAAGCUUGCUCUCUCGACUCUCACUACUGAAGAACUAUGGCGCAAAAGUGGGCGCUUGGAUAAAGUCUCUCCUGAGCUAUUCCGGCUCAAAGAUCGCAAGGAUGUGCCUAUCAUGCUGUCGCCAACGCACGAAGAGGAGAUCACAUCCCUCGUCGCAAGCACUUUAAAGUCAUAUAAAGACUUGCCUUUGAAAUUGUACCAGAUUACACGAAAAUACCGAGAUGAGAUCCGCCCGCGACAUGGCUUAUUAAGAUCUCGUGAGUUCAUCAUGAAAGACUUAUACACAUUCGAUUUGACCCACGACUCUGCUAUUGAGACCUAUCGCGACGUCGCUGGCGCCUACUCCGCUUUCUUCUCAGAUUUGAAGCUGCCGAUAUUAGUAGCCGAAGCCAGCUCAGGAGACAUGGGCGGAGAACACAGCCAUGAAUACCACCUUUCUCACCCCAUUGGAGAGGACACAGUCGCAAGCUGUAGCAAUUGCGGUUAUACCGCCAAUGAUGAAGUUGCUGCUGCUCGGUCAUCUCGAAGAAUUGAUGGUGCAAUCUCAUCGUAUAACUUUGGUCUCUGGCGCGGCAUCACCAAGGACAGGAAGACUUUGGUAAAUGCGUGGUACCCGAAGAUCGGAGAUUCGCCUUCUGAAGACAGUUGGAAUAUCCAUGCUGUCAAAUCAGUUGUUCCAGAGCUAGACACAAGUGUCAGUGACGCCGCACCAUUCUGGAGUGAAGCUCUACAGGAGGCAAAGGGACAGAACGGUGAACUUCAGCUCCUAAACGUCAUCGACUCGAGACUGUCAAGAGCUUUUGAAGGCCUCCAAGAUGAGCUCCCUCUGCUUCCCGCAGAUCUCACAAAUGGCCAUAUCCCGCAAUCAUCAAUAUCACAAACACCAACGGGCAUUGACUUGAACCUUUUACGCAUUGCGGAUGGCGACGGUUGUCCCCGCUGUGAGUCGGGAACGCUUGAGGUUCAUCGCGCACUGGAGUUGGGCCACACGUUCCUCCUUGGCACACGCUAUUCCGAGCCACUUGAGGCAUCUGUAGCGCUGCCACAAAACCCAGGAGUCCCAGUCCCAACCCAGAUGGGCUGCUUUGGCAUCGGCGUCUCUCGCAUUCUCGGUGCCGUAGCGGAACAACUGACCGACGAUAAAGGUCUCAAUUGGCCUCGAGCUAUUGCGCCAUUUGAGGUAGUCAUUAUCCCAACAUCUGGUGUCAAUGAACAGACACUAGAUUUUUACGACAGCUUAACAAAGGCUGAAAGUUCGGCGACGGCCCUGGACGUCGUUUUGGAUGACCGCAAAGAAGCAUUUGGAUGGAAAAUGCAGGACGCCGAUAUGACGGGCUAUCCCGUUGUAGUCGUACUUGGAAAAGCCUGGAGAGAAAGGGGUGUGUGUGAAGUACAAUGCAGGAGACUCUUUAUAAAGGAGAACGUGAAGGCUGAAGAGGUGCCCCAGUACAUUAGGGCUCUGCUGGAGCGGCUAUAGCUGUAAAGAAGAGCAGUGACAGAAGAGUCGCCAAAUCUCCCAUCCAGACCAAAAAGACAUUAAACAAACAAUUAAAAAAACCACAAAUGAGG